GCCGUGUGCCUUUGUGUGAUUUUGGUGACUGAGGUUGUGUUUUGUGAGGUUAUGUCGAUGUAAAACCAUUCAUAUUGUUGAAAGUCUUCAAAAUUAGGUAAUGAUGCGUAGAUCGUGUGUACAUUUUGCAAGAUGUGGUGCAAAUAUAACAAAUUUAGAUCGAAGUACUAUACGGCGUUCGGGUGGUGUAAGAUUUGUGUUUAAAUCUGGUGUUGUACAUGAGACUAUUUCAAGCCUAUCUGUAAGUGACAUAACCAUGUCAAGAAAUUCUCAUGUUAUAUGUAGGCAUUUUAGCAUUAACAAUGUGAAACCUGAAAUUUCAGAUGGAAAAAAGUCCAAAGAAGACAAUGUUUCAGUUGAUCUGAAAUCGUCAACAGGAGAAGAACCUAAUGACAAUAUAGAUGUAAAAGAUUUAUUUGACUGCAUAGAUUAUGAUGCAAUUGUUGGAAAUGAUUCUGAUUCAUUAAAUAAGUUUAAGUUGCUCCUUUUAGAGGUGGAAGUUUUGCGUCAAGAUGGAAUGAAAGUGCCGUCACAGUUAUCCACAGAGCAAUGGAAGGAGCUGUUCAGUUUGGAGUCAAGAUCACAGAGAAGAAAGUGUCUUGGGUAUUUGUGGACACUUGAGAUGAAGAAACAGGGUGAUAAAAGAAAGAAAGAGAGUAAAAGACUAGUCAUACUAGAGAAAAAGGCUGAACAAAUUAAGGAAAAUGAAAAUAAUGACCACAUUCGUUACGGUUUUCAAGGAAACACAAUUUUUAUGAGGAUAUAUGACUCUACAAUAAACUUAUUUGAUAAUAGCCGAUUAAUUCAAGCAAUGAUGUUUGGUCAAAACAUUGUUUUAGAUUGUGGCUAUGAAAAUAAUAUGUCAGCUAUAGAGAACAAACUCUGUGCCAAACAGCUCACCUACAUGUUUGCUGAAAAUCGAUUGAGUGCAGAUCCUUUCAAUAUUCAUUUUUGUAAUAUGAAUAAAAAUGGUGUCCUUUACAAACAGUUUCUCAAACAUAUUCCUACUAUCGAAGAUCCUGCGUUUCCUGUUAAUAUUAGUGAGGAACAUUACUUGGAUCAUCUGUUCCCUAAAGAAAAGCUUGUUUAUCUUACCCCUCAUUGUCGUGAUGAAUUGAGAAUAUUUUCUGCUGAUGACAUCUAUAUAGUAGGAGCCUUGGUUGACAAGCAGAACAAUGAGCCUUUGUCGCUGGCCAAAGCGAAGAGUGAAGGUAUCCGAAUGGCGCAAUUGCCGUUGGAUCGUUACUUGGAUUGGGGCCUAGGCACAAAAUCUCUCACUAUCAACCAAGUGUUGAAGAUCCUACUGGACGUGCGCACCACUGGAGAUUGGAAUCGUGCACUCACCAAUGUUCCGAAGAGGAAAGUGAAGCAACCUGGAGAACAAGUCAGAGACACAAGGAAGUUCUACAACAGAGGGACCACCUUUCAGCCUCCUAAUUCUCGGAAUUGGAGGAAUAGAUAUUUAGAACCCAUCCAUCAGGGUGGUGGUUUCAGAAAUGAAGAAACCCAAGAGAAAAAUCUGCAAAGAUCAUCAAGGAAAACAUCUUAGUUCAAAAAUAGAUGUUAAGUAGACUGUACAGUUACCAUUAAAUAUUUUUCUAUAGUCA